CACUUCCCUGUAAAUUGUGGCAGCGGAUCCUUGUGAGUCGGACUAGACCUCCCCCUCCCAGCAGCCGGAGGAAAUGCUCACUUUCGUCCCUGAAUCCGAGACGAUCGGAGUAGCCAUGGCGUCCGGCUUGUCCAGUGUUGUUGUGUUGGCUGCAUGUGUGAUUCUGGCCCCUUGUGUGUCUGCAGGAGACCAGGAAUGUAAAUCCUACAGAGAUUUUUCCAACACGUACCACUCAUCCAAGUAUUGCAUCUCGGGAUUUUGCUGUGGUACCUGCAACAACAGAUACUGCUGUGAAAAUACAAUCUGGAAGCUUUCUGAGGAUAAACAAGAGGACUGUGGAGACUCCGCUUUCACCUCUUAUCCCUCAUCACUGUCCGUGGGUGUCGGUAUUGCUUCCGUCGUCGUCCUCAUGCUCAUCUUUAUCUGCUGCUGUGUCUGUCCCUGCUGCUGCCUCUACGAGGUGUGCCGCAAGCCCCGGCCUGUCCUAGCCACCACCACCCACACAACAGUGGUCACCAAUGCUCCUCAGCAGUACCCCCAGCAGCCAACUGCAAUGCCCAGUCAGCCUCAGUCCUACCAGGGAGCCCAGUAUCCACCGUACCAGUCCGUACCAGUGCAGCCAGGUUACGGAGCUCAGCCCUUUCCCACGUCGCCCUACCAGGGGCAGCCUUUCACACCAGGACCGCCUCCAACAUAUCAGGAAGCCACCGGUCCUGGCUACCCUCCCAACCCGAUGCCUUACAGCCAGGCUGCGUUCACCCCCGGCCAGGCAGCGUACCCUCCACAGCCUCCUGUCCAGCCGCAGCCCUACGCUCUGCCCGCACACCCAGACUACCUAGCCCAGCCUGCAUACAACCCGGAUUUUAUUGCACCCAAGACUGGAUAAUGGACCACAGUGCCAAACUCUCAGCCACUUUAAACAUGCUGCAGCAUUUGGCAACUUGGCAGAACUGGAAAUGUGUGAUCUCAAUUGAGAUAAUAGUUUGUUCCUGAGCAUCUUGAUUCAUGUGUUUCAGUGGUUAAACAUGGGAAUUUUAUGACACAUUUGUAGUUCUUGAAAUGCUGUUGAAGAGUAACAAGGUGAAAAAUGAUGAUACCUCUGGGCUCGUGUUGCAUGGACUUACAAUAUAGAAGUGGAGAGAUUACUUUUGUUUUUAUAUUUCUUAAUGGCUCCAUCAUAGUCAUCUUUGAGAAUUAAAUACAAAACCACUGAGUCUGAUUUUAAAGAGUAGAUGAAGUGCUUUGUCAUUUUUCAGUCUUCUGAACAUGCCUCAACAUCUCCCUCCCAGUCUUUCUGUAUUGCGCGUCAGCCCAACCUGCUCGACCUUUUCAGUUCACUGUCUACAGUGAUUGCCGUCCGGCUCAUUGGUCAAAUUUAGGAAAAGGAGUUACGUUGUCUGUGGCCAUAAUUUCAUUGCUCUAUCCAGCUUAUUCCAGACCGAUAAAGUGGUUUGAACCUUAGUUUUCCAUGUGCUUUCUCUGGUGUUAGGAAGGCGUUUAAUGCUUUAUGGGUUAUAGAUCUUACUGGGGAACUAAAUAUGUAUUAUUUCUCACGGGAGGAUUUAUGACAGAAAGGAGUUAUGUCAUUGUCAAUUGACUAGUGAUAUUCAGAGGGUUUUAGUCUUCUUUUAACCCCCCAGCAAAAGGGAACAUUCAUCACUCCUUGCACACAGGGAAAGUUUGCUUUUACAUUUAAGUUUUAUGUGUUUAUGUAAAAGGUAGACUUUGCAUGAACUUUUUUUUUUUUUUUUUUUUUUUUUUUUUUUUUUUUUCCACAGGUUUCAUUUCAUUUCAUUGUUGUCAUUUGUCCAUCUUACGGUUGUGCACGUCUAACUGAGCUAAAAUGCAUCGGCAGCUUGAAUCAAUUUACCAAAGGAGAUUCACUUCAUUUCAAUCAACCAAACAUUCACAAAGUCUAGCCGCAAUUACAGACAAAUGUUAUGCUUACAAAAUGCAAGAAACAAUCGUGCCUUCUUACCCUUAUUACCUUUAUCACACAACAGUGUGCAUGUCAUUUAGAAAACAUUAAAAUCUCAUUUUGCAGUGUACCAUGUUCAACAUUACUGCCAUCAAACUGUGUUUCAACUUUAGUUCCUUUAGUUACAACUCGACUAUUUAUGUUGCGGAUUUUGUUAUUUGCCGUGUCAAAUCAUAAGUUGUUUUCCCUUACCUUCGUCAUCACUAUUGCCUUUAUUAAAUAGCACCAAUGUAACAAGUUUUUGGAAGAUUAGUUUUUUGUUGUUUGUACCUAAAAAAACUAAACCAAUAAGCCUUCCUUGUUCUGCUCUGCUUUCUCUCCUGUGCUGUCUUGUAUUUGUUUUUUUUGCAGUAAAGCCAUCACUUCCGCGAUCUGCUCAAUGAAAUGACUUGAAAGUAGUUUUACUGAAGUCACCUUUUUCUUGUAAGUAGUCACGGCCCAUCUGACAGACUGGAUACUGAUCUUUUGAGCCACCAUGUCUAAAAUGUCUGACUUUCUUUGUUGAAACUUUGGUUGUGGUCAAAGAACUUGGUACCUAACAUAUUCCAUUAUAUGUGAGUAUCUCAGGUACUGGUUUCAGAAUGACUUUCAGUUACAUCUGUGCUGUGGCUUAAUGUACCCUCUGACAUAUGAGAGCCCAUAUAUCAGCUGAUGAAAGGGGCAUAACGUUGUCACGUAUCCUUGAAAUUCGCAAAAUAGUUUAUUUGUGAGGAAUGUGCAUGUGUUUCCCGCAUCGAGCAAUGGAUUUGUCUGAGUAUUUAAUUGUAGCCUCGCCUUUUGUCUCAAAUCUGUUUUUAUUAUUGUGUUCUGUCUGUGAUUUUAGUUCUUUGGCCAGUGUUGAUUCUUCAAGGUGACUUUAGUUGGACUGUUUUUUAUUUGUAUGUGGGGAUUAAAGCCAUUCUUGUUCCAUCUGUUUCUUGUCCAAGAAUAAUUGUCAUUGAUGCUACUUUGAGAUUAUAUGUACAUGACUUAUUUUGUUAAAAACCCACCACUUAUCAAUAAAAAUUAUAUUUUCUGCUU